CGGGGUCUCCUCAGAGCCUCACACCACAGAGCUAACCAGAGUACGAGGCAAAUUCCCCAUUGAGGGAGCUGUGGCACUGGAGAUGAGUGUUGGUAUCCUCUGACUCUUUUAGUGCCAUUACAGAGAAGCUGCAGCCUGUUAUUUCCCAAACUCACCUCCUGUCAUUUCUUGCAGAGUUUCAAAAUUGUCUUCCUAGACAAGUUGAAAUCCUUCUAGUUACCUAGAAACCCGUGUAAGGAGAUGUAAAUGUUCUGGGUUAAAGCAAGGCAAGGUGUGCGGGCAGAAACCACGGAGCUCUUACUGGGUCAACAGCUGAUGUUGCAGAUGAGCUGUGAAGAAAGCAGACAGGCUUUUGGGCACAGCAGGGCACCAAAGGCAUCCCAGUGACGUUGAUGAAACACUGGCACGGAGAGGUGGUGAAUGCCCAUUCCUGAGAACAUUCAAGGCCAGGCUCUCUGAUGCCUUGCCUGUCCUCCCCUCCGAAACCCUCCUGCUGAAGGAUGGCGGCCGCCUCCUUCCGCUACGGCCUGACCAUCACGGGGGCCGUGCUGCUGGUGACGGGGACGCUGUGCUUCGCCUGGUGGAGCGACGGCGAGGUGGGCUCCGGCAGCGGGGCUCGCCUCCUGCCUCCCCGGGAAGCCGAGGCCGUGCCCAGCUCCUCCGCCUCCUCCUCCUCCUCCAGCGCCCUGCUCCGCUCCGUCAGCUUCUUCUGCUGCGGCAUCGGCGGCAUCCUGCUCAUCUUCGGCCUCCUGUGGUCCGUCAAGGCCAACGCCAGGGUGGUGUCGCGGCGCUACCAGUACCAUUUCCCCAGGGACCUGCAGUACUUCACGGUGGAGCCCGCGGAGAAGUGGAACUGCAGCUCCUGGGACUCCAGUGCCAUCCCCACCUAUGAAGAAGCCCUGACCUGCAGACCAGCCCACGGUGCCCCGGCCUAUGUGCAGCCGCCGGGGAGGAAGGAGGAGCUCACGCCGCCCCUGUACCGCUACCUGGAGGAGGACGAGAGCUGGCAGGGCGGCCGCCGGCGCAGCUCCUCCGACAGCGCCUUGUUCCGCCCCAGCCCGUCCUGGCUGGACACGGCGCAGCCCCAGGAGCCGCAGGCAACGCCUCCCCCCAGCUAUGAGAACAUCAGCGUGCGGGGGCUCUGAGCCGGGCAGCCCCGGCCGGGACUCUGCGGGUGAUGCCCGGUCCCUCGGCUUCAAACCGAGCCUCUCCGCGGUGGGCUGAGAGGAGCGGGAAGGGUCAGCCUGGCUUUCCCGGCUGGCCGGCGCUGUGGGGAUCGUGGGGCCGGCGGGGGGAUGUGUUCGGAGCAUCGGGGGCAGCUGGCAUGUUUGAAAGCUUUCAUAUUUUUAAUAAAACCGCUGCUG